AGGCUAUCCGUUGACUCAUGUAGGCUAUUUAACUCGUCGGGACGGGUAGGCCUUCAUUGUGAAUGGACAAGCUUAGCAUAAACGAAACGCUCAACAUGUGCGAUCAAAUCUGGUUAAACAAAUCUAAAUCUUACACAGUCGGUGUUGUCGACUGCCCCACCUAUUGCUUAUGAAUCGUCCCAGCUGUCUGUGGCUGCGAGUCGCGGAUGUCUUGUCCCUCCCCUACACGUGCCUUCUCGCAGGAUUGGUCGAGCUGCCGACUGUCUGCGUCACUUGGUUUUGGGCUGCUAUUGGAAUGAAUUCUCUCGUCAUUAUCGGGAAGGGAAGAUGUCAAUCAGUUCUAGGGGAUGUGAAAGAGGCGGGGCUUGAUUCAGGUGGCUUGCCCACCCGAUAGUUGAACACACACGAGCAAACCGUUAACUUGCUUCUUUGGUAGAUAAUCGCUACAGGUAUCAAUUCGAUGAAGAGGCUAGGUAGACCUGGCCCGUCGUCAGUGUCAACGAGAUGAUACGGCAUAAGAAAUUAAGCAGAAGAGGGAGCUAGCAAGGUGUUGCUUAGGGCUCGAGCGGAUGACACUAUAGCAAGAUACUUGGGUGCAAAGUGAGUUGUUUCCCCUUUUAAAGGGCCCAGGAUGCCCAAGGAGCAAGGGGAGAGGGUGCCGCGCAUGGCCAGCAAAAAUGCCAAAGACAAGAGCAACAGUGCCACGCUGUUGGCCACCCGCGCCGCCAAGGCCCAGGCAGAGCAGGAGGCCAACGGGCGUGGCUCGCGAUGCAGCUCCGAGAAGGACUCGGGCUACUCAGACACUGGCUCGGAUUCCUUGCAGACAGACGAGGACCAACACAACGCCAUUAGGCAGCUCAAAGCCAGGGGCAGUCACCAGGGUUCUCAUCAAGGGAAUGCCAUGCUGAUGUCGGGGACCCCAGAGCUUGCACCCAUCUUCAUAAUCAAGAAUGUGGUUCUCAAACAGCCAGUACAGGCGGCUCAGGAACAUCUCCUCCAGGCUCCUCUGCCCUGGGGCAGCGCAGGGACCAACGUCCAGGGCCCAACUGUGUUCCUCGUGCAGCAGCCAGAGGUGACCUCUCAGGCCCCCAUGCACAUCUCGAAGCUCCAGCCCCGGAGAGCCGACAGCGGGAACAAGAAGAGCAAAGCCACCUAUCUCCCCAUCCUCAACUCCUACCCCCGCAUUGCCCCCCACCCCAGCAAGAAGUCGGACAAGACUAAUGCUGGGGCAGGCAGCAGUAGUAGUGGUGGUGGCGGAAGCAGUAGCAAUAGCAGCUGCAGUAGCGGCAUGGGGGGUGUUGGUGGCACAGCUGAGGACCACUGCCAGAGCAAGAGGGUGUGCACGGAGGAGAAGCGUGAGGAGGUGUCCACCACCUCCCAGCUGCCCAAGCAGCACGUCCACAAGCAGCCGGAGGGCAGGGCCCACUCCCAUGGCUCUCACUCCCACUCAUCCCACUCAUCCCAUUCCCACUCUUCCUCCUCUUCCUCCUCCUCCUCCUCUGUCCCUGGAAGGGCCCGCGAGCUCCCCCCCCACGUGCGGCGCAGCCCGCACCCUCCCUCCAGCCCGUCCACCUCGGGCAGCCUGGGCUCGCCCUCGGUGUCCAGCACGGAGACGGCCUCCCUGUCUUCGUCCUGCGAGCUGGCCGCGCCUCCGCAUCGCUCCUCCAGGGGUCAUCAUCAUAAUCACCAUCAUCACCCUCAGCAGCAGCAGCAGCAGCAGCAGCAGCAGCAGCGUCCGAAUCAGAACCCGAAUCAGCACGGCACGUCUCACGGCUGGCGCCACCGCCGGUUCCUCAACACGGUGGAGAUCCUGAGCCAGUCGGGGCUGCUGGACAUCACGCUGCGCACGCAGGAGCUGCUACGCCAGAGCAAUGCCACCGAGCGCGACAUCGCUCAGCUGCGCCACCACACCCAGCUGCUCUGCCAGGCUGCCCAGGCUUCCCCGUCCUCGCCCGACGCCUGGGACCGAGUGCACCAAGCCAUGGCGGAGUCCGGCCACUAUCCCAGCUUGAAGGAGCCGGACAGUCAGUGCCCCCGCAGCAGUAGCAGUGGCAGCAGCCAUAACAGUUCGCGGGGACAGGUCCAGGCCGAGGCGGACACCAGCAGCAGCAGCAGCGCCGGCGAUGGAGGCAGCAGCACCAGCAGCGCAAAGGCAGACGUGGUCGUCUCCGUGCCGUUCAUGGACAGCCACCGUGAGGAGAUGGCACCGCCGUCACCACUCCUGGCACUCAUGGAUGAUCUGCCCACGGACCUUCCUGUUUUUGACCAGAACGGGCACCUCAGGGGGCAGGGAGCCAAUGACCAAUCACUGGACGAUUUCCUCAUGCCCCCCGACAGCUCCACCCACAGCCCCCUGCUUUAGACGCCAUCCCAUGUGCGUUGGACUCACUUACCCAUCAGCCUCAUAUGAGGGCGGAGCCAAGAGAAAGGGGCCCAUUGAUUCUUCUUAAUUUUUCAUCUUUUUUCCAUAAAUCUCUAAUUUCUGAUUGGGUAUUAGAAUCUGGCUAUGGUUUUCAUGUUGCUGUUUCUAUAGCGACUCGGGGUCCCUCUCGCUCAGCAGUUCCAGUGCCAUCUUUCACCUGAAGGAAUCAAAGAUUCAAAGAAUCACCUACUUUCAAAUGUCUCAUCUGACCCGUUUGACCAGAACUACCAAUGUAAAACAUAAAGUUGUCAAUGGAUCAUGAUUUCAAGACCGUCACAAUUGAUGAGUUACCUUCACAAGUGAACAGGCAGUGGAAUUGAUGAAGUUUUUUUGUUAUCCGUAUAACGUGCAUGCCAAUUGCCGGACAGGAAUGAUCUGAAGUACUGUCAGAUGUUCUUUCUUACAGAGGCAGGCUUUGCUGCUGGUAUUCAACAGCACCAGUGAUGUUAAAGAACAUCCUACUGAUAAAGAAAGAAAAUAUCACCUUUUGUCUUUUAUGAAUACUUCUUUUUGAAUUCCAUUGUUCUUUACUGUGAGGCCUUGAGACUGCAAAUGGGGCAGGCAGCUACUGACUUUGUCUCCUGGGUUGGGUUGAUUAAAAAAAGGACAUGCCUCUUAUAGAGUUCUUUGGGUUUUUUUUUUGUUGUUGUAUGUGUGACCACUUUUUAGAUAUUUAAAAGAUGAAAAGUGUGAUUACUUUACCAUUGAACAAUAAUUUUUAAGACAAUAUUUUGGUUUUCAAUCAAAUGCCGGCCAUUAUGUCUAUCACAAGCAAACCAUGCAAAUAUUUUUUGUGAACAGGCCAACUCAAAGACUCCCUGUUGGGGCUUUCCCAGUCGGAGGUUUUCAUGAUAACAUUUGUUUCCCCCUCAGUCUUUGCAAAACUCCUGGUUUGAGUAAAAUGUCAGUGGCAGCCUUACUCUACCUGUCAGUAUCUACACUUUCUCAUUAUACUUAUUCUUUGACAGCAAAUUUUGAUACACUUGGCUUAAUCUGAAAAUGAACAGAUUGGAUGUGGAUGUGAUAAUAUAGAUGUAUUUGUUUAUCCUGGCUGAAGAAGAUUUUACUUUAAGGCGACGAGGGGGACUCCACUUCACUGCUCUGUAGCAUUUUCAUGCAUUUUCAACUGGCCUUUGCCACCUUGAACAUGUUGCAGAGAUGUACCACAUCCUUGGGGGAGAAAGAGAAAUUUGCAGAUUUUCUUGUGAGUGAUUCUCUUCCCAUUGUAUUUUUCCUGCAGGCCUGUCAAUUUGCGUAGAUAAUAGAUUAUAGUAGGACCGAGCCUUGAACAUUACUCUGGUAAAAGAAAUAUGCAGUAGUUUACACUAGCUGCUCUGAGCUAAGCUUCUUGAUUUUAUAGCUUUUUCUCACCAGUAAAUAAAAAGUUGGACCUUCUCCCGAAAAUGUCACACUGGUGAUCUCAGCAGAGCACAUGGCGACAUGGUAAACAGUAAACGGAGACAAGCAGAGUUUUCAAUACAUGAACUUCUGUUUUUGUCCGUUUUUAACAAAGCAUUUGAAGAUAGAAACGCACAACAGCUGUUAUGGAUGUAGUCAAUGCAGAGAGAGAGAGAGAUGAGUGCUUAUUUUCCUGGUUUGUUUGUCAAACCUGUUUUGGGGUAAUGGAAUAGAUAAGCCUGGGUUUUGAAAAUGAUGGUUUGGGUUUGGCUCUGGUUGUGCUUCUCUGAGAGAAGUGUGUCUCACUUUUCUUUCCCUGUGUUUUCUUGUGGAAUGUUUCCUUUACACGCAAAACACAAAACAUCAUCAAGAUGCACAUCCCCCACGUGAAAAGACAAUAAAUCUGCUUGAUCUUUUCAACA